AUGACAUUUCCUACGUUGAUGCCACGGUCUACCCGGCCUGGCGUGCCCAUGGUGCCAGAGCCGCAACGCGUGCCAACUCAUAUCGAAUGGGCGGCCUUCUAUCCGGAGAUUGAGCGACUGUACGUUCAUGAACGCCGGAAGCUGCGUUAUGUCAUGCAAUACAUGGAACGUGAGCAUGGCUUGAAGGCAACAACACAGAUGUACAAGAAACGCUUUACCAAAUGGGGCUUCCACAAGAAUUCGAGACAGUCGGUUGUAGCUACGCCGGCACCGAGACAGAGUCGCGAAAAGGGGAUAUCGGCUCGCGCCAAGCGAAGUUCUCACACAUGCUUAUGUUCACUGCCGGCAUCUCUUCGUCUUAAUUCACACGACCGCUUGAUGCUCACCUUUCUGACCAACGUGAAAACAUGGAGUGCGGCAUUCUUCGAAAUGGUGCAAACAGAUGUCGCUGCCCAGGCGUACUGUCAGCAGCGAGUACAAACGGACUGGCCUUCGCCCGAGAGAACGAAAGAUAUCAGCCUGUCCAUCAAAUUGGUCGCAGACCUCCUGAGUCGAGGCGAAGGUACUAUGGCCGGCAGAAUGGCCCGAAAGGCAUUCCUACUGGUGGAGGAGAUAUUAGCGCUCGACGGUCCCGCACUUAUGUGGAAUCUGCUUGAAAUCAUGCACUACAUGGUGGUACUGCAUCACGAGCAGCUCUUUCAGAUGCUGGUUACUCAUCUCCUUGCCCUAGUCAAGAAUCGUGUGCCAGAGACGCACCCGCUCCCCACCAUGUUAUGUGGUUUGCGAGAAAUCGUCAUAAGUUUCGUCGAUGCGGCGUCCUCUCCAGACAGCGCUACGUCAACGACGACGUCUUCUUCUCCAAGCUCAUCUUGCUAUACCGAGAGUAUCGACGUCACAGGUCCUGGGCACUACUCACCACUCAGCCAGACACUAUCACCGCUUAUACACCGGGCUUGGACCCUCAACGCCGAAAUCCUUUUCGAACGUUUCGAUCCUGGCUUAUUCGAGCUAUACUUCUGCAUUCAAUGGGAUACCUGCACCAUUGGACCUCCUAAAUCCAUCAUCUCUGCAGCACAUCAGUGGUUCAAACAGAUCGAGGCGCAACACUUGUACAGUACCGGCGCAGAGGCCUGCGGCGGUCUUUAUCGGUUCGACAUCCACUCUAUCGGGCGCGAGAGCACGCUGGAGCCUCUAUCUACUCUUACGAUGGCUUCCCCUCUGCCAGAAGAAUAUGAGAUGCUUCGUGACAACAGCAUCGCCGCGCUGCGAAAGUACGGACGCGCCAUUUUCGACACGGGCGUCCAUCCGAAUGGUGAUACAACAGCAUUACUGCGCAUCCUAGCCGGACUUGUAAAAGCAGAGUUCCUCGACGAGUGGCCUUCCGUUUCCGAGGGCAUUGAUGCGGCCGGCCCGAUGGCGAGGAGGGUUCAACGCGUCCACGCAAGCAACGUCGCUUGCGCGAUCAAGACACUGAUAGACAUCAACCCAACGUAUGCUGAGGACGACCUUGCAGCAUUCUCUGACGCCGUCGAAAGUAUGCGGUCCGUUGUUACUCUUAUGGAGUACGGGUAUGGCGAGGUCAAUCCCGCUGUCGUAAGGGAGAUGUGGUUGCUGCAGGAUGCCCUCCUUGCGGCUGAUCAGCAUUUGGAGGCACGACAAAUUGAGCGAAGUGCGCUUUCGCGCCUAGAAAAGUAUAUUGAGGAUAUCCCCGUGGAUACGGCGUAA